AUGAAGUUGGAAAUGCAGGCGACGUUAAAUCUAACAAGAACAGAUAUGAUUUCACGAACCCUUGGUCGUGUUGUCCCUCUGAAAUUCACCCUGUUGAGGUUGUUGUCCCCAUUUUCCACAAUCCCCAACAGUGACACCGCCAUUCUGGCGCGUCUGAAGCACAAAGACUGGCUCACUCCGAAAGAAGCCACCAACCUCUUAACCUCCCUCACACACCCUUCCUCCACCCUCUCCUUCUUCAACCUCUACACCUCCCGCAAGGACUUUGACCCCACUGAACCCGUUUGCACCACCCUCGUUGCCAAACUUGCGCAGGCCCAACACCUCAACCCACUCAUCAUCCUCCACCACAGCCUCACCCUCCCCCGCCCCCAACGACGCCGUUUAUCUGAUAACUUCUUUUUCACCCUAAUCAAAGCCUAUGCGCAUUCCUUCCAGCGCGUGGACCACGCCCUCCGCACCCUCCACGAAAUGCCCUGUGCCCCCUCCACGCGCACAUUCAACUUUGUCCUCAACCUCCUUGUUAAUACUCGCCUCUACUAUGCUGCACGCGACCUAUUCCUCCAAGCACCACAGCUCGGCGUGGCACUUGAUACGUGCUCGCUGAACAUCCUUAUCAAGGGGCUCUGUGCCCAGGGCGAGUUAAAUGCCGCGUUUGAGUUGCUGGAGGAGUUUCCUAAGCUGGGGUGUGAGGCGAACGCGUGGACCUACGCGACGCUGAUGAAGGGGUUGUGUGAGAGAGGGAAGAUGGAGGAGGCUUUUGGGUUGUUGGGGAGAAUGGAGGGGGGAGGUGUGGAUGCUGAUGUGGCGGUUUUCAAUGUUUUGAUUGGGGGGUUGAGGAAGUGGGGGAGGGUGGAUGAUGGGUGGAAGGUGUUGGAGGGGAUGAUGGGGAAGGGGGUGUGUCCUAAUGGGGGGUCUUAUAAUGAGGUUUUGUGUGGGUUGCUUGAGGGUGGGAGGUUUGAGGAAGCUAAGGAGGUUGUGGAGAGGAUGGGAGUGGAAGGUUUUGCGCCUAGUUUUGAAGCUUAUAAGGGUUUGGUUAAGGGGUUUUGUGAGAGGGGGGUGGUUGACGAGGUUGAGUGGGUUAUUAGGGAUAUGGUGAGGAAGGGUUUUGUGCCCAAGAUGGGGAUGUGGAGGAAGAUUGUGCAAUGUGUUGUUGAAAGGGAAGGGAGUUCUGGGUGCGUGGCUGUUGCUAUUGAUGGUAUUUUGGAGGUUGGCAAAUUGCAACCACCCCAUGAGGCCAUGCUUCAUGUAGUUGUUUUUAAGGUUGGCUUUGACAUGAAUUUAAUUGUUGGGAAUGGUCUCAUUGCAUUGUACGGGAAGUGUGGUUGCUUGCUGGAGGCAGACGUGUUCUUGCUGAAAUGCGAGGCAGGGAUGUUGUUUCAUGAAACUCGAUGUCUCAAGCCAGCAGUAACUGAUGUUUCAUCAGAAAAUGUUUGGAAUGUUAAAGGAGAUGUUCAAGAAUUUGGAGAAGAAAAGUUUGUUCUCAUGGAAUGUGAUGAUAACUGUGAAGGAGGGUUGAUGAAUAUGUUGAGAGGAAGAAGCUAUGUCCAAGGCUACAAUGUUGUGGCACUCUUCACUGAAAUGCUAAAUAUAGGUCAAAGUCCAGAUUCCAUUUUCUGUGUCGCAACUAUAUCGGCUUGUAGCUAUUCAAGUUUACACAAUGGAGGGAAGUUUUACUUUAAGCAGAUGACAGACCAUUACACAUUAGCACCAAGAACUAGGGACAAUGCUGUUCUAAAAUUAGAUGAUAAAGGUGCAAAUUAUUCUGUCUUGACUAGAAUGCCAGGUCACAUAGCUACCAAAAUGCUGGAAGAGGGAGGGACAAUUCCCCCCCCCCAUGAUAUCUGCCACUACAAUGAUUCAACUAACAACUGCAAGGAAAAAAUUGAGAUGGCGGCACCUGAGGUCACAGAAGUUUCACCAAGGGAUGAACCCUCUUCUAAUUCCUCAUUUGUUGUGAUUUAUUUGUGCCAAAACAAAGCAAUUCCUCUCCCUACUAAGUUUCACCAGAUGGAACAAUGUGUAUGUAGGAACAAGACAAUUUGGUGGAUAUGUAAACUGCUGAAAUGUUGGGUGGAAGCCGCUGCCUUGCGAGCUAGUAUUACUGGCGCUAGUAUUGCAGGCAUUGAUCGGUCUGGUGCCAUUGACAAAAACCAUAGAGCUGGUCAAGCUUUUGUUUACAUUGUGGCACACUGUACAAUGGCCCUUUUGAACAUGAUGACAGGAUGA